UGAUAACUGAUAUUCUUUAGAUAAAAAUAAAAACGAUAACUAGAUAUGAUAGCGACAAUUAAACGCGUUGCCGUAAAUAGUAUUACUGUGAAUUUAUACCAAUAAUUAUGCGUAGAGUGACACAGACAUUUUUAACACUCAUAUUGGGUUUAUUGUUUACAUAUUUUUAUUGUGAAUAUCUUAUUUAUUAUGUCGUAGUAGCACAGUGUUCUUGGCCAACAACAGAAAAGUUGAUUGAGGGUCAAUACCUAAAAGCAUUUAUUCUUGCCGACACACAUUUGCUGGGCCCUUACAGAGGUCAUUGGCUGGAUAAAUGGAGACGCGAAUUUCAAAUGCAUCAAGCCUUCCAAGCAAUUGUAACUAUACAUAAACCUGAUGUGGUGUUUGUUUUAGGGGAUCUUUUUGAUGAAGGUGAAUGGACCAAUGAGAAACAAUUUCAAGACUAUGUGGACCGUUUCCAUAAAUUAUUCAAGUUACCUGAUGAUAUAAAGAUGCAUGUGGUGGCCGGUAAUCAUGAUAUUGGAUUCCAUAAUAACAUUAGAAGAUACUCAGCCAAGAGAUUUGUUGAUAUGUUUCAAGCACCCUCAGUACAACAUUUGAUAUUGAAAGGCAGUCACUUUAUACUCAUUAACUCAAUGGCUUUACACGGUGACUCAUGUGAACUAUGUCUAGAUGCUAGAAGUUCUAUUGAUAAGAUUUCUGAUGCAAUGAACUGUGCAGAAAACAUUGUAAAGUGUAACACUGAACAAGUUAAUUUCAAUUAUUCUCAUCCAAUUAUUAUGCAGCAUUUUCCACUGUACCGUACAUCAGAUUCUGCUUGUACCGAGCCAGACGCACCACCUUUGCCAGAGAGGAAUAAAAAAUUCAGAUUAAAAAUAGAUGCACUAUCCAAAGAAUCUACAACAUAUUUAGUUAAAAAGUUAAAGCCUCGAGCAGUAUUUGGAGGGCAUACACACCACGGCUGUAAACUUCAACAUUCUUAUAAGAAUUUAAAUAUUGAGUUUUUGGAAUAUUCAGUGCCAUCUUUUUCAUGGAGAAACAGACUUGAUCCAAAGUUUAUGUUGGUAUCAAUAACCCCACAGACAUAUGCAGUAAACAAAUGUGGCUUACCAAAGGAGAGAACAAUAAUACUCACUGCAAUAAUCAUGAUUUUUGCUUUAAUAAUUUUUUUAAGUACAAAGAGGACUAUCGGGAGAUGAUUUCAAUGAAAAGCAAGACUCCAAUCUCAUGAUUAUAUUCCAUAAUAAAUACUUUUGACAAGAUCUGAGCAUUUUGUACACUGUACAUAUUAUUGGAAACAAUAGCUCACACCAGACAUAAUGUUUUCUUUUAUUUUAAAUCAAACCACAAUCUGAAGCAAUAAUUUAAAAUUAAA